UCUGCCUCCACUAGUUAAUGUUACUUGCCGCUUCUUCAGUCGUGCUCCGAUCUGUGUUCGAUCCGCUUGUGUUUUGUGUUGGGCUAAAAUCUCCGUCAUUUUUUCAGAAGUAUUUACUUAACAAUCAAUUUUAUUUCAUACAAUUCUAAGAACGAUGAACAAUUUUAAUGUUGAUCAUAUUAAAGAUAAUAUAACGAAAAAAAAUGGAGAAAGUAGAAAAAAUAAUGGAAAGCAUGUUUGGAUCAAAAUAUCUUGAAGAUAAUAAAAACAACUAUAAUUUAGUUGAAAAUCAUGGGAUGAAUAAUGUUGAACUUUUGUCAACGUUAAAUAAUGAUUAUUCGAAAGUCAAUAAUAAUAUUAAAUCAUUAAAUAAUAAAAAUAUGGUACCAAAUCAAAAUUACGAAGAGCCUUCACAAUUUCCAGUAAUGUCUGAUGAUUCUAAUGUAUGUAACGCACACAAUAAUCAACAUACACUUAAAUCUCAAAAUAAAUAUUCAUUCAUCAGCAAUUCAGCAUCCAAUAAAACCAUUGAAUCAAACAAUACAUAUGAAAACGUAUUAAAUAUUCAAAAUAAUUUACAAAAUACAAAAAGUAGAAAUGCAACUAACGUUUUUUUAUCUGUAAAAGAUAUCACUGAUUCAACAAAUGGAUCUGAUAAGAAUAUUCAAAAUGAACAUAAUACAAAUGGUUCUAAACAUUCAAAUAAUGUAAACUCUUCUCUUGCAUCAAACAAGUCGAAUGACUCAGCAAAUAGCAAUGGAAACGCAUCAAAUAUUGAAGAUAAUUUACAAAAAACAAAAAGUAGAAAUCCAACUAAAGAGGUUUUCCAUAUAAAAUAUUUCAUUGAUUUAACAAAUGGAUCUGUUGAUGUUAUUCAAAAUGGACAUAAUACAAAUGAUUCUAAACAUUCAAAUGAUAUAAACUCUUCUCUUGUAUCAAACAAGUCGAAUGACUCAGCAAAUAGCAAGGAAAAUGCAUCAAAUAUUGAAGAUAAUUUACAAAAAACAAAAAGUAGAAAUCCAACUAAAGUUUUUUUAACUGCAAAAGAUAUCACUGAUUCAACAAAUGGAUCUGAUAAGAAUAUUCAAAAUAAACAUAAUACAAAUGGUUCUAAACAUUCAAAUGAUAUAAACUCUUCUCUUGCAUCAAACAAGUCGAAUGACUCAGCAAAUAGCAAUGGAAACGCAUCAAAUAUUGAAAAUAAUUUACGAAAAACAAAAAAUAUAAAUCAAACUAAAGAUUUUUUAGCUCUAAAUGAUACCAUUGAUUCAACAAAUGGAUCUGAUAAGAAUAUUCAAAAUAAACAUAAUACAAAUGGUUCUAAACAUUCAAAUGAUAUAAACUCUUCUCUUGCAUCAAACAAGUCGAAUGACUCAGCAAAUAGCAAGGAAAAUGCAUCAAAUAUUGAAGAUAAUUUACAAAAAACUAAAAGUAGAAAUCCAACUAAAGUUUUUUUAUCUGCAAAAGAUAUCACUGAUUCAACAAAUGGAUCUGAUAAGAAUAUUCAAAAUAAACAUAAUACAAAUGGUUCUAAACAUUCAAAUGAUAUAAACUCUUCUCUUGCAUCAAACAAGUCGAAUGACUCAGCAAAUAGCAAUGGAAACGCAUCAAAUAUUGAAAAUAAUUUACGAAAAACAAAAAUUAUAAAUCAAACUAAAGUUUUUUUAGCUUUAAAUGAUAACAUUGAUUCAACAAAUGGAUCUGAUAAGAAUAUUCAAAAUAAACAUAAUACAAAUGGUUCUAAACAUUUAAAUGAUAUAAACUCUUCUCUUGCAUCAAACAAGUCGAAUGACUCAGCAAAUAGCAAGGAAAAUGCAUCAAAUAUUGAAGAUAAUUUACAAAAAACAAAAAGUAGAAAUCCAACUAAAGUUUUUUCAUCUGUAAAAGAUAUCACUGAUUCAACAAAUGGAUCUGAUAAGAAUAUUCUAAAUAAACAUAAUACAAAUGGUUCUAAACAUUCAAAUGAUAUAAACUCUUCUCUUGUAUCAAACAAGUCGAAUGACUCAGCAAAUAGCAAUGAACAUGCAUCAAAUAUUGAAAAUAAUUUACGAAAAAUAAAAAUUAUAAAUCAAACUAAAGUUCUUUUAGCUCUAAAUGAUACCAUUGGUUCAACAAAUGGAUCUGAUAAGAAUAUUCAAAAUGAACAUAAUACAAAUGGUUCUAAACAUUCAAAUAAUGUAAACUCUUCUCUUGCAUCAAACAAGUCGAAUGACUCAGCAAAUAGCAAUGAAAAUGCAUCAAAAAUUGAAUAUAAUUUACGAAAAACAAAAAGUAGAAAUCCAACUAAAGAGGUUUUCCCUAUAAAAUAUUUCAUUGAUUUAACAAAUGGAUCUGUUGAUGUUAUUCAAAAUGGACAUAAUACAUAUGAUUCUAAACAUUCAAGUGAUAUAAACUCUUCUCUUGCAUCAAACAAGUCGAAUGACUCAGCAAAUAGCAAGGAAAACGCAUCAAAUAUUGAAGAUAAUUUACAAAAAACAAAAAGUAUAAAUCCAACUAAUGUGGUUUUACCUAUAAAAGAAUUCAUUGAUUUAACAAAUGGAUCUGUUGAUGUUAUUCAAAAUGGACAUAAUACAAAUGAUUCUAAACAUUCAAGUGAUAUAAACUCUUCUCUUGCAUCAAACAAGUCGAAUGAUUCAGCAAAUAGCAAGGAAAAUGCAUCAAAUAUUGAAGAUAAUUUACAAAAAACAAAAAGUAGAAAUCCAACUAAAGUUUUUUUAGCUGUAAAAGAUAUCACUGAUUCAACAAAUGGAUCUGAUAAGAAUAUUCAAAAUGAACAUAAUACAAAUGGUUCUAAACAUUCAAAUAAUGUAAACUCUUCUCUUGUAUCAAACAAGUCGAAUGACUCAGCAAAUAGCAAUGGAAAUGCAUCAAAUAUUGAAAAUUAUAAAGGCAAUGUAAACAAUAUAAAUCCAACUAAUAUCGUUUCAAAUUUAUGUGAUUCAAUUGUUUUAACAUAUCAGCAUGAAGAAAAAAUAAAUGAUGAAUAUGCUAUAGACUGUAUAUUUAAUACAAAUGCAUUUGUAGAUGUUUCAUCGUCCAAGGAUUAUUUUGUUCCAAUGUAUAGAUAUGAAGAUCAAUCAAUUAAUGUAAAUAAGAUCAAUAGUAUAAAUAAUAAAAAUUCAUGGAAUGCUGUUCCAUUAUCCAAUUCCCUUUUUUACUCACCAGAUAAAAAUUAUGACAAUAGACAUUAUCAUGAUUAUUUAGAUAGUUUAAAUGAUAAAACUUGUUCCAUAGAGAUGUUAUUUGGGGAAAUUAAUUGUCGUGGUGGUAAUAUCAAAAGAAUAAGGAAAAUUAAAAAUAUAAUUUUUUAAGAAUAAACCAUUUUU